AUGUCGACACCUUCAUCGCGUCUCUCAGGCUCGGGAGUUAAGAGCUUCCUGCCAUUGUCCGAUGAAUCCGCUCUCUCGACCCGAGGCCAGCACCUUCCACAGCUGAUACGCGAACUCUCGACAACCAAUGCUCCUGGCUCGGCAGGACGCCGUCGCCGCUCGUCUGAUAAUGAACCCCAAACUCCCCAGCAGGCUCGUCUCAGAGCACCUGCCGCCGACCAGAACCCCGAUAUCUCGCGUCGUCUCAGCUCUGGCGCCGCCGCCCUCAUGACCCCCCAGAUGCGCAGUAUGCGCUUGAUCGGCAACAGCAACCCCCGCUAUCGCUGGGAGAAGUACUUCACUCCAGACGAAGAGCUCAAGAAGAUGAAGAAGCCCAUUCGUCAAUACUACGAGAGAAACAACUUCCUCAUCCAGCAGUAUCUGUAUAUCGACAGAUUGCUGGACUCGAGUCUGCCCCAUGACUUGAUCCAGGAAUAUCAGUACAACGUCCACAGCAGCUCAGGAUCUGCCGCCGUUCCACCCACUAUCAGUGAGGAGAAUGGCGGUACGAGUGCUGACGCCUCUGCCAGAGCCUCUCCUGCCAUUACUCCCCUCGAAGGCAAUGGCAAUGGCAAUGGCACUCUCUCGGCAAAUCAGAGUUACAGGCUGAAGAGAACCCCCAAGGCCUUGUAUCGCGUUGCUGAUGAAGAGACGCCUUUGAUGGCUGACGACAGUAAUUCCAUAUUCAACGCUGGAGUCCCUGCAUGGGAGCCUGAUGAUGAGACCGACAGUCAGAGCCGUAUCGUUACUGUAGCCAUUUACUUGAACCUGGUCGCCAACACUGUACUCCUCGCCUUAAAGAUUGUUGUCACUGUCCUCACCUCUUCCGUCUCCGUUCUGGCUUCCUUGGUCGAUGCAGCCCUGGAUUUCCUCUCGACCGCAAUCGUAUGGACUACCACUAGGCUCAUCAGCCACAAUGACAUGUAUGCCUAUCCCGUCGGUCGCAGACGUCUAGAACCUAUUGGUGUUCUGGUCUUCUCCGUCAUCAUGGUCACUUCUUUCGUCCAAGUCGCCAUUGAAGGCUUGAACCACCUCACUUCCCAGGACCACACCAUCGUCCAACUUACUUAUGCCGCUAUCGCCAUCAUGUCUGCAACCGUCAUUAUCAAAUUCGGAUGCUGGCUGUGGUGCAGAUUAAUCCCCAACAGCAGUGUCCAAGCUCUGGCUCAAGAUGCAAUGACCGAUGUCGUCUUCAACAUCUUCUCCAUCAUCUUCCCUCUCUUGGGCUACUACUUCAGCAUCUGGUGGCUCGACCCUCUCGGCGGUAUUCUCCUUUCCUUCUACGUCAUCCUCGGCUGGUCAUCCACCUCUCUCUCACACAUCCGCAAUCUUACCGGUGCAGCCGCUUCUGCAGACGAGCGUAACGUGCUUCUCUACCUGACCAUGCGGUUUGCAAAGACCAUCAAACAGAUUCAAGGAUUACAGGCCUACCAUUCUGGCGAUAAGCUGAAUGUAGAGGUUGAUAUUGUGCUUGACGAGCACAUGUCGUUGAGAGACAGUCACGACUUGGGCGAGUCUUUGCAGUACGUGUUGGAGUCUGUGCCUACGGUUGAUCGUGCCUUUGUGCAUCAAGACUAUGCUAGUUGGAACUUGCCUUCACACAUGACGCAGCAAGAUUAG